AUCUGUAUACUGUUGUUUUCAGGGAUUUAUUAGAUUAGUAUAAUUGAUAACGAAGUACGACUUUUUGUGUGGUAAAUAAUAAGACCACAAUGCUAUAGAAUUGUGUGUUUAAUUUUUUUUUUGGCUGAGUCAAGUAUUAUAUUUGAUUAAAGAAGAGUGGGAAAAGGAUUUUAGUGUUAAGUAUCUACUUUUCACUUCUUAAUGUCUAAUCACAAAUCUAGAAAGCGAAUUAGAGCUGCUAAAAAAGCAGCAAGACCAGAGCUAAAAGGCGAAGAAGGUUGGUCAGGUUUGAAAUAUCAACAAUGGUUUGACGUUUCCUUUUCAACGGUAAGGGACAAUGUUGAAAGGGUUGACGUUGGGAAGUUGUCAUGUGCAGACUUUAUUGAACAGUAUGAGAAACCAAAUAUUCCAGUAGUGCUGUUAAACACUCAAAACUCAUGGCUAGCUAACCAAAAAUGGACCCUGGAAAGACUGAAGAAAAAAUAUCGGAACCAAAAGUUUAAAUGUGGAGAGGACAAUGAUGGAUACUCUGUUAAAAUGAAAAUGAAAUAUUACAUUGAUUAUAUGAGAACCACGAAAGAUGAUAGUCCUCUUUAUAUAUUCGAUAGCAAUUACGGUGAACACCCCAAACGUAAACAACUCUUGGAAGACUUUGAAAUACCAAACUACUUCAAGGAUGACCUAUUCAGGUAUGCAGGGGAAAAGAAGAGGCCACCUUAUAGGUGGUUUGUGAUGGGUCCAGGGUUAUCAGGCACUGGGAUUCAUAUUGAUCCAUUAGGGACAAGCGCGUGGAAUGCUCUUGUGAAGGGUCACAAACGCUGGUGUAUGUUUCCAAACAAAACUCCAAAGGAGAUGAUAAAGGUAAAACGAAGUGAAGGAUUGUUGCAACAAGAUGAAGCUAUUACUUGGUUUAAAACAAUCUAUCCCCGAACUUUGUCCAAGGAUUGGCCUGAAGAAUUUAAACCAUUAGAAAUAUUACAAAAGCCAGGUGAAACAGUGUUUGUACCUGGUGGUUGGUGGCAUCUUGUACUGAACCUCGACACAACUAUUGCUGUCACUCAGAAUUUUGCUUCGGUAACAAAUUUUCCCACUGUUUGGCCGAAAACUGUCAAGGGCCGACCAAAACUUUCUCAUAAGUGGAUUAGGAUAUUAAGGAAAGAAAGGCCAGAAGUUGCGGCCAUGGCUGAUAAAAUCUCCACUGAAAAGUACAUCACCUCUGACUCAUCUUCUGAUUCUUCUUCAUCUUCAAGCGAUUCCUCUUCCAGCUCAUCAGAUGAAGAUGAUAAGGAGACACGGAAGCGACAGAUGCCCUCACUUACUGCAAAUGGAACUUCCCAGUCGGGCAAGCGUCAACGAACAGAAACAAACUAAAUGCCGCUUCUCAAGGAAGUUUUGUCUCUCUGUUCCUGCCGUUCACAAUGUGUGCUAGCCAAAUCAUCUGCCGCUUUUGUAAUCCAUGCGACUUGCUGUGAAUUAUGCAAUAGUCAACUUGUGAAUAAAUUAUGUCUCCUCAUAUAGCA